AUGGGGGUUGCUCCACGCUCUCAGCAUCGCACGUGCAUCUCCGGGCUUGCAUGCUCCUUCCACAUUGAAGGCGUUUGGCUUGCAACGGGGGAUGUGGUGGCCGUGUUUGACACCUGCGGCUUUGCGGCCUCCAGGUAUUCUGCUACAAUGACUGCCCUGGUUGAUAACAGCUCAACCACGGGCGGGAACAGUACCGUGGGCAACGCUUUCUUUGGGGCUAUUGUGCAGCCAGGCUCCAGUCUGGCCUUGAGUGGCGGGCAGUAUCGCCUUUGCUGGUGCCAAGGGUCUAUGCUGAACUGUCUCGGAGCGCAGGAUUUCAAUGCAGAUUUUGGUAUGCUCACGGUAGUCGGGCCGAGUCCACUGGAGCAGAUGAGAACUUGUGUGGCUGGACAGGCGUGCGCUUUUGAUGGCAUCGGAGGUCAGGACUUGGGAACAACUGCCAGCUUUGUGGUCUUGGACACCUGUGGCUCAAGCCCAAGCGCACCUUUCAUGCCGAAUGUGAUCACCCAUGAUGGUAGAAGCCUGCCCCUCAGCAGUUUUACAAUGAACGAAUUUUCUGUGACUCCGGUGGCUGCUGGGCAGUACAGUCUGUGCUGGUGCCCGCGGCCCUCGUUUGAAAAUGUGUCAAUGAUGAAUUUCAGCCUAGACCAGCCCUGUCUGCUGGAAGACUACACGGUGGUUGCAGGCACCCUGAGCAUCAUCGGUCCCUCUCCACUGCAAGCCACCCGUACUUGCAUCAGCGGCCAAGCUUGUGCAAUUCAUGGCUUAACCGGCGCAGGAGCCUAUCACCUGACACCAGGGGAUCAGCUUCUCAUGCUUGAUACAUGUGGAAAUUGGGAUGGUUUGCUUUCACGGGCAGCAAGGGGUCCAAUACCUGCACAGACUGCACUGGUGUUCAGCAGCGGCGUGAUCUUUUCUUGGUUGCAUGCGCCAUCCACUGCUGGUGGAAGCUAUCGAAUGUGCUGGUGCGCCGUUGGGUUUGUUUGCAAUGUGGCCAGCCACUUCCGGGUGGAUGUAGGCGAGUUAUUCAUCCUCGGCCCAUCGCCACUCUCACAGGACCGGACAUGCAUCAGCGGGCGCACUUGCGAAGUGGAAGGUCUACAGAUGUUCCCGCCCGAGAGCAACAGCAACGCCUCGUCUCAAGAGAAUGCAUCCCUGUCCGUGAUGGUGCUUGACACAUGUGGGACCUUCUCCUUGCCAGCUCGGUUAGCACCCGCUGGCUUUGCAGAUGCUGGGGGCCUCCUCCUGAGCGAAAGGGUGAGCUCCGCUGGUGGCGUAUACCGGCUCUGCUGGUGUGGGCUAGCUCCUUGUGAGAAGGCAACUGACUUCCAGGUUGAUGCUGGACAGCUGAUGCUUUUGGGUCCUGAUCCACUCCAGCAACAAAGCACAUGCGUCAGUGGUCAGAGCUGCACGUUGUAUUUCAGCUCUUCCACCAUCACACUAGCAGAGAUGUCGGCGCAUGCCAGCGCCUACAUCUAUGAUGUAUGCCCUCCAAGACGGCCGCCCACUCCAGUUGCGGGGGCUGACAUUCCAUUGCACCAGGGAGUGCCGGCGGUCUUGACGGCUGCUGGUGGCAUAUACCGAAUUUGCUGGUGCACAGCGAUGGACGGUAGGACAUGCGCGCCUGCAGAUUACACAGUGGACGUGGGGGAGUUGGUGUUGAUUGGACCGUCGCCUCUGUCACAGACUCAGACGUGCCUGGGCGGUCUCGCUUGCAGGUUCCAUGACCUUGAAGGAUUGUUCUUGCAACCUCGCGAUCAGCUGAUGCUACUUGACACUUGUGGCAAGACCGCAUAUGUGCAUGAAGCGGCCCUUCUCCAGCCUCCAGACACACAGGCAAAUUCUACAAACACUCCCAUUCCAGUGACCAUAUCGGCUCUUUCAUCAAUAAUGCAUGUCACCGGGGCUGGUGGCCAGUAUCGACUCUGCUGGUGUGCAGCGACCUUCGAAUGCAACCUGCCGGAGAGCUUCAAGGUUGACGUCGGCCUUCUGCACUUACGGGCACCUUCCUUAGCGGGGAGAACUUGCGUGAGCGGACGGCUCUGUGAGCUUGAGGAAGUCUUCCAAGUAAGCUUUGGCGGCGCUGGCGGAUCUGUCUUGAUUCUGGAGACAUGUGGUCUUGCGAGUACCGUCCCAGGCAUUGGGGAUUCCGUUUGGAGCAGCGGGAGCUCGGACAAGUACAUUUCCAGUGCCGGCGGAAUUUACAGGCUCUGUUGGUGUGCAGAUUUAGGGGAGAACAUGUCCUUACCUGCCGACUGCAACCUCCCAAGCUCUUUUGACACUGACCUGGGCUCCUUGAUGGUUGUUGGCCCGGCUCCUCUGGAGCAGUAUCGGACUUGCACAGCAGGGCAGGAGUGCAAAUUGAGCCCUCUGCAAGGCUACUUCCAGACGACUGAUGACUCUUUUGGUAUUCUGGCCAUCCUUGAGACUUGUGCGAGUGUAACCAGUACCGCAAUCUUGGCCUUGAGCUCGAAUCUGAACCAAUCAAGAUCCUUGAGCCUGUUUGAUUGGGACGCUACUGCAGAAAAUGCAACACCCUCUCGGUGGCUGGAUGAAGGCGGUCUCUUCAGACUUUGCUGGUGUUCAAAUGCUCAGGAUUGCAGCAGCUUGGCAGAUUUCCGCACGGAUGUUGGUGAACUCCUGGUGGUGGGCCCAAGCCCCUCGCUCCAGCUCCGAACUUGUGUCAGUGGGCAGGUUUGCUCCUUCGAAGGCGUGACGGGAUUUGGUCUGUCAUCUUCGUACCACAUCUCCAAAAUCCGCAUAUAUCAGGAUGGUGCGACUUCGCAUGAUAUUCGCAUCUGGGAGCUCUACUACUCGGAGUCUUCGAGCGGUCCCUGGACCAAAGCCUUCAACGGCGCAGCUGCGCCGGGUGUUGGCGAGCAGGAGUUUGGCGGUUGGUCACCGUCCGCCCGCCCAUACUGGCGGCUAGUUGUCCUCCAGACAUACUCGGGCCAGGAGCCCCGCCUUCGAGAAGUCCAGUUCGUGGCGCAGGGAGAUGAGGUAGUGCGUUUCCGCCAAGGCCAGGGAAUAGUCUCGGCUUCGGGACUUGUCUACUCUUCUGGAGGUGUUAGCUACUCUGCAAGCAAGCUGAUUGAUGGCAAGCUGGAUGACGCAUCCCGUUGGAUUCCCACAGGCCUGCCCGCCGCAUACAACAGCUGGGAGGUGGUCUUCGAUCUUCGGGGUGAAGAUGCCUUCAUUGUCAUGGAGACCUGUGGCACAGGCGCAAUGGUUGACGGAUUUCCAGGUGCAGGACUUGCAGACGCUGUCACUUCCACAGGUGCCAAGGUGUCUUGGGGCAGCAGCGUGGCUGUCACAGCAAAGGGCGGCCUAUACCAACUGUGCUGGUGUGCACGCGGAGCUUCCUGUGUUGAUCCGGUUCAGGACUUCCAGUUGUCGAUCGGCAGCCUAUCAGUUGCAGGGCCAUAUUUCAAUGAGGCCACAUGCAUAAGCGGGGAAAGUUGUACGGUCGAGGCACUUAGGGGUCAAGAUUUGGAAGAGACUGACCUGCUCAUGAUCCUGGACACUUGUGGUGGUGAUAUAUCCAUGGGCUCACUUCUGCCAGAAGUCGCCAGCCUCCAAGCCGUUACUGUCAUUGAGGCCAAUGAG